UUUAUGGGACGCCCCGGCGUUCAGUCAGUGUUUAGAAUGAUUUUCUUCUCUUAGGUGCGCGUGAGAAUUACUCACACCAGACGGAAAAUUGUUUUAUAACUCUUUUAUUUUGUUCUAAAUUGGAUUACAUGCGUAAUGAUUCGAAACAAAACAUAUACAUCAGAAACGUAACAGCAGGCAGUCACAAACUAGUGCGAGGAGCCUCUGCUGCCGACUUUGCAUCAGUAGUUAUUCACAUCGUUUCCAUUAGAAGUCUUGGACUUUUCAUGGCACAUAUCUUGACAAUUCUGGCACCCAGGAACCGGAAGUGAAAUUAAUGGCCGCCAUCCCUGUCCCACCACCCCCAAUUCCUCCUCCGCCACCGCCACCACCCCCUCCUGCCCCAGCCUGCAGCCUGACCAGCGUGGACUCCAGCCGCAAACACAGGCUUCGCAACAUCAACUGGGAGCGGAUACCCAAAGAGCGUGUGGAGGGCCGUAAGAGUGUGUGGAGUGGGUCCCUGAAUGAGGACGAUGACUUCCGUAUUGACUUGAACUCUCUGGAUGAGCUCUUUGGGCAGAAAGAAGGCGGCAAGCCAGACAGGGCCAACAGCUUUCGGCGAGGUUUGCUGCGCUGCAGAUCUCCCCUAGAAACUAGCGUUAACAAAGUUACACUGCUCGACUCAAAACGCAGCAUGAAUGUUGGAAUAUUUCUACGGCAGUUGAAAAUUGCGGCCAAGGAGAUCAUGGAGGAUGUGAGGCAGGGGGCCGGAGAGCGGUAUGGAGCUGAGAAACUGACAGAACUUUGCAAGCUGCUGCCUGAUAAUGAAGAGGAGGCUAGAUUGAAAAAGUUUAGUGGUGACCGUAGUUUACUGGCAGAACCAGAUCUAUUCAUGCUGUUGCUGGUGGAGUUACCAAGCUUUCGCAUGCGUCUGGAUGCUAUGAUCCUCCAGCAGGAGUUUGACCCUGCAGUGACCUCUCUCUGUGAGGCAGCCAGAUGUCUGGGGGAGGCAGCUCGAGAGUUGCUGAGCUGCCCUGAGCUUCAUUGCAUCCUGCGUCUGGUGCUCAAGGCGGGAAACUAUAUGAAUGCUGGAGGUUACGCUGGGAAUGCUGCUGGAUUCAGGAUUUCCUCUUUACUCAAACUGGCCGACACCAAAGCCAACAAACCAAGCAUGAACCUCCUGCAUUUUGUUGCCAUGGAGGCUGUGAAGAAGGAUAAAGACUUGCUGAUGUUUCCCAGCCGCUUGAGUCACGUCGGUCCAGCUUCGAGGUUAUCAGAAGAGUCUGUGGCAGAGGAUCUAUCACGAUUGCGGAGUAGAGUUGCCAAACUCCGAAUCAGAGCUCAGACCGACACUGAAAUCGAGCAACAGACGAGAACUUUUCUGGAGGUGGCAGAGGUGAGGCUGAAGGAAGCUAUGGGUGAGGUGGAAAUCUUACAAAACACUAGUAAAGCCCUCAUGGAGUUCUUCUGUGAAGAUGAGAAUUCCUUCAAACUAGAGGAGGCCUGUCGUAUCUUCCAGUGCUUCUGCCAGCGAUUCCAAAGAGCCGUGCUGGAGAAUAAAGAAAGGGAGCUACAGGAGCAGCGGCGUGUGGCACGUGAGCGUGAGAACGUGGAAAAGCGUCGUUCCCUUGCCCUGUGCACCGGUCUGGAAGUAGAAAAGCGUCGUUCCCUGGCCCUGUGCACCAGUCUGGAAGUGGAGUGCGAAUCGGACGACCUUGAUCACGCCCUACAGAGAAGCUUAAGUUACACUGGGACCCGUCGCAGUCUCCGCAAACACUCUCAGUACAUCCUGUACUCUGACGAGAGAAAUAUGAAAUCUGACCAGCAGCAUUUCAACUCAGAGAGCGAAAGCCUUCAUGCUCUUAGUCCUGAAGGAUUUAGUAAAGAUUCAGAGCUAAGAAGACAUUUACUAUGCAAGAGUGCCGCUGAACAAAUUGAACAAGGUUUAAACAUAGAACUAAAAGAAGGUCAGUGUUUGUUAGGCACAGAUUCAACGUGUGGCCUUCAGCGAGGCGCAAUGGCUACACCAAACGGUAUGAAAAGCCAUUCUACGUUGAAUACAAGGACAGUCCCCAGUGAUAGCACUUUUGUUGCUUUAGGAAAAACAAGUAUCACGUCACAUCAGGAGGGGGUAGCGAAUGUCUUGCCGCUCACAGGACUAUCCUCUAACAAUGUUUUGAAAGUUGAGAAACAGGUUCAAGAAGCCUGUGAAAGGCUGACGCAGAUAGCAACAGAGGCUUCAGAGGACGCUGAGAAGCAGGAUUGUGAGAACGGCAAAGAGACUCCAUCUGAAAGAGGAGUAACGCCACAGACAGAUGCUGAAACCACCACAAGUCUGUUGGGAGAGACUUUGUUGAACGCCUCUUGCCCUGUUGACGCUAGUCCGCCGCUUACCCGUGAACCUGAGCCCUCUAGCCCAGAUAGAAGCCACGUUUACCCACGAGUUGGCGAGACACUUGAGUGCCACACCCUAGUGAGUGGCCUCCGCUCAUACGAGAGCCUUUCGCCAACUGUAGUGCGCCCUGCAACUAAUCACUGCUCUAAAUGGAAAAAAGAGCGAGAAGCUGAGGAGAGGGAUGGUGCUAGCUCGCCGCAUGCUAAGGAGAAUUCACGUACGAUAAAAACGCCCACUCGAGGACCAACUAAAAGAGGACUUGUACCUCGUGGAGGGGCUUCGAAUAGUAGUGGCAUUCCAAGGGUGCGCACUAAGGCGGAGCCAGUUCCUGCUGAUGGUUUGUCAGCUAGUAAUGUAUCGCGUCCUUCCCCUAUUCGUUCCACGUCUGUCCGCUCAACGCUAAUCACGCGAUUCAACGCCGUCCAAAAUGAACUCAAACAAAAUGCCAGUGCACGACAAAAGGCGAAUGCCCAGUCUUACAUGAAACAAAAGCAUAACGCCAAUGAGACUGUGAACCAGGACAAGGACCGAUGUCGCGAGCCGUUUGUUCGUGGCUCGCCAUUACGCGUGUCCAAACGGCUAGCGCCCAAUUCGGACUCCCAGACAGCCCACGCUAUACAUAGUCCAACCGCUGCUACUACCGCAAAGACAAUUCGCACGGCCAUAAUCAGUGCAGCCAAAGCCAAGACCGCCAAGAGUCCAGAGUCUGCCUUCACCAAGAGCCUGGGUUCCCGAAUCCCAGGCCCUAAAUUUCCCAGACCUGCUGCCCAACCCAUGUGGAGAUAAUAUUUGGUUGCUUGAACUCUUCGAGUAGCAUGCAUAAGCAUCUAAAUUAAAGGAUGGGUUCACCCAAAAAUAAUGAUUCUGUAGUUUUACUUGCCAUCAUGUUUUUCCAAAUCUGUAUGUCAGUCUUUAUUCAGUGGAACGCAAAAUACAUUUUGAAGAAUCUGAUGUGACUGAUCACUCUUUUCCAUGCAGUUAAGACGAUGAAGAUUGAAGCUUUCAAAAAGGAUGCAAGAGCUCAUUAAAGUAUCAUUAAAGUAGUCAGUAUGACUUGUGCGCUUCUGAAGCCAUACAAAUGAAACAAGAACGAAGCAUUCUUCGGAGUCUGAUCUUUUCAAUGAAAUAGCUGAUCCCGUUCACAAAAAAAGUGUGUCGAGUCAUCUGUUCAACUCACUGACUUAGUUUUGUUAUAAAGCUUUUGCGCCUUUUUGAAGCUUGCAAGGUUCAGGACCGAUUUAUUGUUAUUCCAUGGAAAAGAGUGACCAGUAAAUAAUUCAGAAUUCCUCCUUUUGUGUUCCACGGAAAGAACAAAGUCAUAUGGGUUUGGAAUGACAUGACGGUCAGUAAAUAAUGUCAUAAUUCUCAUCUUUGGGUGAACUAUUCCUUUGAAUAUAUGAUGUAGAAAACUAAUGGAUUUCCGAUAGUGGACAUUAAUGUUUUUGUGUGAACUGUCAACUCAAACUGUGUUCUCCUUCCAAAAUGCCACUAAAUAAAAGAAGCUAUUCAUUGUGUCCGCUCAGAAUGGACAGUACACAAUGCACUGUAAGGGAUCCCGGGCAGAAUGACCGCUACUUUCAGAGUUCUCCACUCAUUCAGAAUCUCCAAUUUUUCAAGACUUUGAUUCUCAUUAAAGUUGAAACUAUUGGGAGAAACUCAUCCAGUACUGUCUCUUUCUGCAUACUCUACCUCUGAACACUUGUGUGCCCUGUGCAGGUAACAGCGCACCUCAGAAGGGGAAGUUGAACAUAAUUCCUCCGAGAACCUUCUUACAACAACUUUGUUUUAUAUCUAACUUAAAGCGUUUGCCUUGCAAUGUUUUUGCUAGAAUGUUAGCUUGCUAUCACGAGACAUUUUAUUCAGUGUCGAAGCAAAUAGAUCCUAUAGUAAAUGACUGAAAACUGAAUUCUCGUGUAAUACAGUCCUCUGUGGUCUAAUUGACCUUAAAUUGCCCAGGUCAAAUUGACUGUGUAUUUUGCAUUUGGGUACAAAAUAGUGAGUAGAAAUCGACAUGUGAUCAGUUAAAAUGUACAAUACAAGAUCCCAAAGCAAAUAUGGUGAAGCAAAAUGCAUUAUGCCUGCAUCUGUACAGGUUGGGUUCCCUCACUUUGAUGCACUUUAAAGAUGAAUGAGUUUCAAUGCUUGCAGAAAUAGUCUCCGGGGUAAUCUGCUGUAUUUUUAUGUGUUUUGUGUUAAAGAAAUGUUAAAUUAACAGAAUUGAAAACAUUGAUGCCCUCUUUAAUAUUUGUAUUUGUAAAUAAGAAUUUGAAAUAAAGAAUGAAUUGAAGGUUAGCCCUUCUGUAUGUCAGUACAAAAUCACUAACUAACCUUUUCUGUGUAAAGUUAUUUCCAAUUGUACAACUUUGUUGCCAUAGCGACAUAACCUUCAUCCGCCUAGAACAGUUUUAACAGAAGAAUUAAUGCAAGUGAUUUUAUAAAAAUAUAAGCUUCACUUUUCUACCUGUAAACCCUCAAAAAAUAAGCCCCAUUGACUUCCAUUGUAAGUACCUUACUGUAACCUAGAUUUUUGCUUCUUUUAAAGAAAUAGAAAGCAGGAAUGACUUUAAAGUGAGUAUAAAAAUCAAAAUUAACCCUGUUUUACUUCUCAAUACAUGUUCCUCACCAUAUUGUUAUUCCAAAGAAAAAAGAUGAUUGUCUUGGCUGUCUUUCAUCAAAAUGUAUCAACUCGCUCGCUUCUGAAAUGACUAUCCUUCUUGACUGUCAUAACAAAGGCUGCGCUUAGUAUUGGUUUGUUUACCAAGACUCAAAUGGCUUGUCAGGCAUUGUUUUAGGCUACUGUGAAGAUGUGCCAAUUGUUAAUGCAGUGCCAUUUAAUACUGUGUAACAGAGGAUACAGCAAUAAAAGUAA